UCCUCCGUUACCCUCUGUCAUUCCAUUUGAAAUUGCCUGGUCUCGGCUCCCUUUGUAAAUUUUCAUACCUUUGCAGAAAUUGUGAGUAGGAAGUGCUUUGGGAUCAAACACCUAAUGGAAAAUAUCCUGAAGGAGCUGUUGCACCUGAAGGUUCUUUUGUUGCUGAUCGUCGUCUCUGCAAUGGGAGGAACACUUCAGCAUGGACUCAAUAUGGCUCUGAUUAAUGCACCAUCAGUUUACAUUAAGUAUUUUAUCAAUGAGACUUGGCUGGAACGCUACGGUACAACAAUGGAGGAACAUGCAAUGAAAGCGACCUGGUCAAUUAUUGUGUCGGUGUAUUCAAUUGGAGCUGUGUUUGGAUCACUAAUCGCUGGACACCUCUCAGUGAAAUAUGGAAGAAGGAACUGUUUGACUUUCAACAAUGUUUUGACAAUAGCAGGGGCUUUGUCCGUGGGCUUCAGCAGGAUGGCAAGAUCCUUUGAGAUGAUAUUAGUGGCAAGGUUCAUGUAUGGAGUAACUGCAGGGAACGGUCUGAAUGUUCACUGCAUGUACCUUAUGGAAUGCUCUCCGAAGAAGUUGCGAGGGAUUGUGACCAUUACCACUGCAAUAUUUAUUUCCAUCGGUAAAUGUUUAGGACAGAUUAUUGGACUCAGAGAAAUUCUAGGCAGUGAAAGUGUAUGGCCUUUACUGAUGGCCUUCAAUGCCGUACCUGCUUUUAUACAGCUUGUUACUCUGCCCUGGUUUCCAGAGAGCCCCAGAUACCUUCUGAUUGACAAAGGAAAUAGGGCUUUGUCCAUGAAUGCACUCCAAAGACUAUGGGGCAAGCGCGAUUUUAGUCAAGAGCUUGAGGAAAUGCAGGCUGAACGGACUGCCAUAAGGAAUGAACGCGCAAGAAGUGUGUGGGAGCUAUGCAUGGAUCCCUCUAUACGGAGUCAACUCCUUAUCAACAUGAUGAUGUCUUUUCUCAUACAACUCAGCGGCAUCAAUGCAAUCUAUUCUUAUGCUUUUGAGAUUUUCCAGGCAGCAGGAAUUCCUGAUGAGACAAUACCAUAUGUGUCCAUUGGAACAGGACUGAUUGAAAUGUUUACAUUACUGAUCUGUGCAUUCUUAGUUGAACGGGUUGGGAGAAAAACACUCUUCUGUGGAGGACUGGGGCUCAUGAGUCUGUGGACAGUGCUCCUAACAAUUACCUAUUCACUGCAGCACCUCGUGAGCUGGAUGCCAUACUGCAGUUUGACCAUCAUCUUCGCUUAUGUCUUCAGCUACGGAGUAGGCCCAGGUGGAGUGGCUAUAAUCUUACCCUCAGAAAUCUUCCUGCAAUCUGACCGUCCAGCUGGCUAUGUUAUCAAUGGCUUCCUCAACUGGUUUGGUCUCUUCCUGGUCACAAUCAUUUUCUCCUUCAUGGUGGAAGGUCUGGGCUACCUGUGCUUCCUGAUAUUCUGUGGAGUCUGCUUACUGCUUACCAUCAUGGGCUACUUCAUUCUGCUGGAAACAGGGGGCAAGACCCCACUGGAAAUCAGUGAGGAGUUCAAGAACAGGAAACUCUGGAAAAACACACCGCUCCGAGUUGCACCGAAUGGGACAAUCCCACAAAAUACGGUCGAGAUCAUCAUGUCAACUGCGUUCUGACCUGUGGGGAAAGGUCCUAGCAGAGAGGUUAUUUGAACUGGGGCCGAUAUGUUCUUCAUUGGAUUGUGUACUAAUUGUCCAGUUAUCAGCACAGGAAGAAUCCCUAUUACAUUUAACAUUGUUGGACUAAGCAUCCUGCUGUUGACUGGUAGCUAAGGCUGAGGAGUUACCUCUUUGACCAACUGCAGGAAAUUUGCUCAUGUGCCAAUAUUUAAGGGUGGUUUAAAUUAGUUACCACAGGUUCUUUUUUAAAUUAAAGCCGAGUUUUAUGAAAAUUCUCA